AUGCGGUUCAAGCACAGGAGGUCAAAAUUCACGGAUGCGAGUCCUGCAACCUCGCAGGCGCGGGUCAAGGCUGUCGAUAAGGCUCCUUACUCUUCGGUGGAUGAUCCAUGCGUGAGUAACGUGGACUUGAGGGAUGUGCACUGGCCCGAAGGCACCAAAGAAGUUGCCCUAAUCCUAUUUGACAAGGCGUUUGAAGGGGCGACGUGGCCGGUGAGUCUGGAGCGGUUAUCAUUCUAUGCCUUCCGAUCCGGGGGGCAGUCCUAUCGCGUGAAAGAUAUUGGCUCGUUCAAACUUUCGCUUGUUGGGGCCAAUUUUAGUUUUCCUUCGGGCCUGCGAGACAUCUUCCUUGGCGCCGCUUUUGACCAGCCCAUCCAAGACGUCGUGUGGCCGCAAGGGCUUCAGAGACUGUCCGUCCCUAGAUUCAAUCAGCCUAUUGACAACGUGAGGUGGCCGCCGGCAUUAAAUCCGCCGUGGGAGAUCCGCCUAACGGAAGACCCAAACACGCGUUUGGACGAGCUUGGAUCCUAUUGGGACCGUUUCAACUGCCCUUUCACUCAUUUGCCGGCGAGCCUUGAGACUCUUUGGCUUGGUGACAAGUUCGACCAUUCCCUUGAAGGCAUCAACUGGCCGAGUGGGCUCGUCACUUUGGGGCUUGGUUGCAAAUUUAAGAGACUGAAACGCGGUGUUUCGUGGCCUUCGAAUCUUCGAAACCUGUGCUUGCUGAGAGAGGUCAAUUGGAUCGAGCGCCCCCCCUCCGGCUGCAAGGUCAUAAUCGCGCAGGAAGAUGACCUGGAUAAUGACCCCAGUUACCCCUACGAUUUGUACCUGAGAUUGAUGAAAUUGACAAUUUUCGGACCAUGUACGAGGACAUUUAUAUGUGACCGAUAUACAGCGCGCCUUUUGUUUAUUGCUGAAUGUGGUAAAGGAGGGGGAGUUUCGUCGUACUAG